AUGAUUAGGUAUGGGCCCGGGGACCAGGGACCAGCCUCUUCUUCAUCUGUCGCGCCAACUCCGCCCGCGACCCAGGCUCAUAUUUCUUCCAGCCACACGAAGGCUACCAAUCCCUACGUUACCUCUCGCGCUACAACCAAACAACCACCACACCCGCAGACCCCUAUAACCAACCCCCGCCAACAACAAAGGAACAUCCAACACCAACGCUCCCAAAUCUCCAUCCACCUCCUCUUCGCCCUCACCACACCCACAGACCACCCAGACUACAACCACCCCUGGGUACACAACACCGUCAACCGCAAGGAAACAAAAAAUUCACCCCGGAGAAAUCCCUCAUCGACUACGCCCUCUCCCUCCGCUCCUGCUAUGACACCACCGACGCCCCCUACUUCCUCAUGCUGGAAGACGACGUCGUCGCCCAGCGCAACUGGUUCCCAACUACCACCCAAACCCUCCACAGCAUCGAGGAAUGGGUCCGUCGCGGCAUCAUAA